ACAAAAAGUCUGUGGCAUGAGGCAUAAACCACAAUGUCAACAUUUGUUUCAAGGUUUCAUUAAUUCUGAUUCAGAUAAUGAUGGAGAUGUAAUCACUCAGGAUGUAUCUAUAAUCGGCUCGGAAUAUAUAAAAAAUGAUUUAAAGUUUUUAUCAUUUCUCAAUAAGAAAAGAGGUAAUUGGUAAAUCGAAUAUUAAUGUAGACAAUAUCUCAUACUUUUAUUUUUUUUAGAAAUGCAUAUGGAUUCAGAAGUUAUAUCUGUUAGUACUCCUACUACAAGUACUUUUCAUCAAAAAAUAAAUUCUAUUGGUAGGUACAUAUAUUUUAUUUGUUAAUUUAAACAGAAUUAUUACUAUGUUAUAUAAAAAUUUGACAUAAAGCGUAUAUUAAGUUAUAUUUACACAACUAUUUAGUUUCAUCUUAUGCCAUCAUUAGGUUGCUGAUAAACAGAUAAACAAUGUAAUUAAAUGGUUUACAUAAUAUAAUUUAAAAAAGGAAUAUUAUAAAUUUCAAAACAAAAAUAAACAUAGUUGUUAUAAUAUCAUUCAAAAUAUAUGUACAUAUUUUUAUAACAAACGAUGAUAGUACAGAAAUUUGAUUAAAUAAUGUUAUCACUAUUAUUAUCAUCUUUAAGUUUAUGUUGACAAGAAAAUAAAAUAUUAUUUUUAAAAUUUGGUUGAACAUUUAAUAAAUUAUUGAAAUUGUUGUUUUUUAUUUUAUUAUGAAUAUGGUAACUUUCUAGUAUUGAAUUUUUGUGUGCAUAUUAUUGAUAAAUCUUUUUCAAUAUUAUUUGUAAUGUUGUGGUUACUUUCAAAACAUGUUUGGCAAAGUUUGAUUUGGGAUUUUUUUUUUUUAUAAUCUAAUUUCAGAUGUAUAUUUUUUGAAUCUGGUUUUAAAGUUUCUAUCUAUUUUAUACCUAUACAUAUAUUUUGUUACAUUCACAUUGUAAUUUAUAAAUACCUAGUUUAUCAAAUUUAUUUACUGAUUUAUUAUUAUUUAUAUUGAUUUUAUUAUUUGGUAAAUUAAUGAUAUUGUAUAUAUUGAAGGGGGGUUUUUAAAUUUGGUUAUUAUUGUUCUUAUUUAUACAGGUAGUAAGAUUGUCAUUAGGUAUUAUGGCGUCUGUGUAGGUUUUCUAUAGGUAUUGAAUUCAAAUUUAUUGUUAAUAAUUUUAAUAUUAAGGUCUAAAAAGUUUAAUUGAUUAUUAUUUUGUAUUUCUAUAGUAAAUUGAAUAUAAUCAUUGAUUUUGUUAAAUUCACUAACCAUGUUUUGUGCCUGUCUGCGCUUUUAAAUAUUUUAAAAGUGUCAUCUACAUAUCUAUAAUAUUAUUUUAUGUUGGGAUUUUUAUAAUGUGUUUGUUUUCAUAAUUUUAUAGGUAUAUUUCUGAAAGAAGGGCACUAAUGGACUACCCAUAAUUAAACCUUCUGGUUGUGUUUAUACUAUAUUAUUGUAAAUAAAAUAGUUUUGGUUAGUAAUAAUUUCAGCAAUUGUUCUGGUUUCAUUAAUUUCUUUAGUGUUUGUUUUAUUUAGUUUAGUUAAAUUACCAUUUAAAAUUUAUAUUGCUUCUAAUUUGAGAAUUGAAGUGUAUACGGUUUUGAUGUCUAAUGAAAUCAUAAUUUUGCAUCCUAGUGGUAUAUUGUAAACUUUAAUAUUAUUAUUAAAGGUAUAAGUAUUUUUGAUGGAAUGUAAGUUUCGAUAUUUAAGUUGGUUAUUAUAUAUUUAUCUAAAUAUUUUACAAGUUUGUAUGAAGGGGAAGUUUUGAAAUUUACUAGAGGUCUUACUGAAUGAUCUUUUUUAUGCAAUUUAAUAAAGGAAUGUAGUUGUUGGCUUGUAUAUUGUUAUUAAUUUUUUUGUCUCAGGGUUUUAUUAUUUCUGUGACAUUUUUAAUAUUAUUAUUAAUUAGCUUUUGGUAUAUAUUAGUGGGUUCACUGUUUAAUAUUGUUACAUUAUUAUUUUUUAUGAAAUCAUAUGUUUUGUUAAUAACUAAUUAAUAACUAAUAAAAACUAAUAAUUACUUUAGCAUUUGAUUUAUAGCUAUGUCAUAAAAUCUCAAGUUUAUAAUAUUACUAUGUAUUUAAAUAAUUAUCUAUAAAAUAUAUGUUUUAGGUUUAGACAGAAUUCAAAUCAAAGAUGAAUCAGUUUAUAGAAAGAUUUCAGAUACAGGUAAAUGAUUUUCUUUUAAAUUUGUUCAUAUUUAAUGUAAUACAAAGGUUCAAAUUUUAAAUAGAUACAAGUCUUUUUAAAGAAGGUAAUCAAAAUAUUAAAUUAUAUUUAUUAAUUACAUUUAAAAACAAUUAGUUUUAUAAAUAUUCUAUUUAUUAUUCAAUAAUUUAAAUAGUUUUGUAUACUAAUACCUAAAAUUUGUACUUGUGCUUGUCAAAUAAAUAAUUAUUCGUAUAUGUACUAUAGUUUAAAAAUAUUAACUUUUAAGGUACAUUGUUCCAAAUUUGCACAUUAAGGUUUAUAAGAAAUUGAAACUUUGAAUAUUAUUAUUAUAAUGUAAGUUAUAAUAAUUUUUACUUCAUUUCAGGUUAUGUAUCAAACUUAGAUAAUGAUAUUAUAAACAACUGUGACUUGACCAGCAAAACAUAUUACUCUUGUUCAUUUGAACCGAAAAUUAACAUUGGCCAUGAAGAUUUUAAAUGUCAGAUGGUAGUAUCUUUGGGACAUCAACUAUGUCGUUUAUCUGGUAAGAUUUCAUAAGAAAACAGUUAUUUACUUGUUAAUAUUUUUAAAAGUAAAUUUUAAAAAAAAUAUAGCUGAUUUCUAUAAUUUCAAAUCACAAAUGAACUAUUUGAAACUUGAAUUAACAUUAUUUGUUGGAAACAAAGAUAUUUUAUCACAAAAUAACACAUUUAAUUAA